UGAAAAUUUCUUGUUAAGUAUAUCAGUAAUAUAAGCUGUUACAGGUUGCACUUUACAAUCUUCUAAGAUGUAAGUUUCCUUUCAUAUUGUGAUGAUAAAUCUUAUUUCGGUUGGAUCUUUCAAUUUGUUGUUAUCUAAUUUUUAAUAGUUAAUAUUUUUCAGUUGUGUUCUAUUCUGCAAUAGUUCAAUAAAAUCUUUGUGCAUAAAUAAUAUUAUAUGUUUCAGAUAAAUAUUGAUUUAUCUGACUUAAAUACAGUUUAGAGAACCUUCAGGACUGUUCUAGAAUAUUCCUGGUACCCCUGACAACCUGAACAGUGGACAUGAGUUCCUCAAGCCUGAAAAUAUUCUCUGACGCUCUAGAAGAAGCCACUAAACUAGAGAAUCGUGGAACUAAGAGGAAAUUCGACAGUGGAGGAAUUCAGCGUACUGAGGAGCAAUUGGAUCAAAUAUAUGAGGAGAUGGGAAAUAUAAGGAUUCAGUUUCAAGAUAUGAAGAAGCAAAUGGAAGAUGUCAAGGGUCAGGGGGAAGAUACCAAGAUUCAGUUGGAGAAUACCAAGACUGAAUUGAACGAGACAAAGAUUAAGUUGGAAGGUACCAAGAUUCAGCUAAAAGAAUCCAAGAUUCAGUUGGAUGAGACCAAGAUUCAGCUGGAAGAAUCCAAGAUUCAGUUGGAUGAGACCAAGAUUCAGCUGGAAGAAUCCAAGAUUAAGAUAGAAGAGACAAAGUCUCAGCUGAAUGAGUCCAAGAUUCAAUUGGAAGAUACCAAGAUUCAGUUGGAGAAUACCAAGACUGAAUUAAACAAGACCAAGAUUAAGUUUGAAGAUACCAAGAUUCAGCUGGAAGAGUCCGAGAUUCAGUCGGAAGAGACCAAUAUUAAGUUGGAAGAGUCCAAGAUUAAGAUAGAAGAGACCAAGUCUCAACUGGAUGAGUCCAAGAUUCAAUUGGAAGAUACCAAGAUUCAGCUGGAAUAUUCUAAGACUAAAACUUCCAAACUUGAGAAGAAAUUAGCGGAUAUAUAUGAGUAUAAUACCAAAGGCCCAUGCAAAAACUGCAAUGGGUCAACCUUCUGCCUGGAUGGUCAAGUUGUUCGUAAUACACCAGGGAAAGGAACCAAGAUCAGAGCACUAAAGGAUACUACAUACAAAGAUUGCUUGGGUACUCAAUACCGGGUUCCUGCUAAUGAUACUGGAGUAGUAUAUAGUGUAUAUCCAACAUACAAACCCAUCAUCAAGUGGAACACAUCAGGAUAUAACUAUGGUUUCAAUGGAUUCAGUGGAUGUGUUUACAACUGUAAAUAAAUAACUGUAAGCAGCUGAAGCUUAACCCAGAAUGCUAACUAUCCACAUUCAAAUAUACUGCAUCUGAUCUCCGACUUGGUAAUAAUGUUAAUAAUGUCAUUAUGGGAUCUAUUGUCAUAAGAAUUAUAUGUACUUUUUAUGGUAAAAGUAAUUAGUGUGGUUUUUUAUUGCAUUUUGGUGGAAUUUGAGCUC